UCUGGAUAUUAAGCCACCAUGGCACGGGACUCGUCACCACCAGCUGUGUUACUCGUUCAAUGAAGCCGACGGAUUGAGGAGAGGUGAUUAGGGCCAGGAGUUGCUGAAUUUAGUCUUUGGUGGAGUCAGAGUCAGACCUGCCCAAGCCAGUCUUAGGAAGUACUAAGUACGAAGAAGUCCACAGCACUAUAGUAGAAAAUCUCGACUGUGCUAGGGAUAUUUUCUCACUGGCGAAGGUGAAUCAACGACUGCUCGUCAAUAUCCUUCCAUGGCUCUACAAAUUCAACGUCCGCGAACAGAAUAGCUCUGCGUUGCAUUGGCUUGCCCAGAAUGAAGCAACGAGAGUGAUUGAAGUACUUCUUCAGGAGUACAAGGCAGAUGUUAACGCAACCUAUGGAAGUAACACGCCACUUUUAGGCGCAGCUAUUCAUGGGUCGGAUUUUGUCACUGAGAUCCUUCUCAGAAUGCUAGGUAUCUUAGCCAACUUUCGGAACAAUAUGGGGCAGACUGCUCUAUGGAAUGCAGCUAAAGAGGGGCAUGUGGCUACAGUUGAGCAGCUUCUCGCUAGAGGAGAUCUCGAGGUGGACUGUCCAGAUACCCUAUACGGACAAACACCCCUAGCUGUGGCAGUGCUUUGCGGACAUCGGCGAAUCGUCAAUCGCCUCCUACUCACCGAGAGAGUGGACAUCAACGCGCAAGAUCUGUGUGGCCAGACUCCGUUAUGCUAUGCUUCAUCUCAAGGUCAACUUUUGAUGGCCGAAAUGUUGCUGCUGGAGGGAGCUGAUGUGGGAAUGGCGGACAAUGAAAGAUAGCUCCCGCUGGACAAGGCAGUGGCUAGAGGAGAUUUAACCAUGACAAAGAUUCUGCUAGAAGCUUCGGUCAGAACAUCUUCCAUGACUGGUUCUAACAGGUCUUCUGGCGCUUCCAAAUCACUAUUUUUGGCUGCUGCGAGGGGGUAUACGGAAAUCGUUCAGCUGCUGGUCCACCACAUCUUUGAUGUGAAUGCUAGGGAUCAUUAUGAGCGAACUCCAUUGCACUUAGCAGCCAUACACAGACACCCAGGCGCGGUGAUGGUACUGCUUAGCCACGAAAAUAUCGAUGUUAAUGCACGGGACCGUCACGGGACAACUGCCCUCCACUCGGCAGCGACAGCAGGGCAUUCAGACAUAUUCAACCAGCUCCUUGCUCUGCCACGUAUCCAUGUCAAUGAGCAAGAUGAUAGUGGAGCAACGCCACUAUGGCUAGCGGUGAAACACGGCCGUGACAAAUUAGCUCUACAACUGCUGUCGCGGCCCGAUGUGGAUGUCAAUUCUACGGGCAUGCAUAAGUCACCUUUCCAAGAAGUAACAAGUCUCCAUCACGCGGUUCAGAGACAAAGCAUACCAAUUCUACGGUCACUUAUGCAAAGAAGCGACCUUAGACUGAACACUGUUGAUCACAACGACCGCACGCCACUGACCUGGGCAGUUGACCUUGGAGGUCUAACCAUCGUGGACCUCGUUCUUUCCAGAGCGGAUAUACAACCUAACCCUAGGUCUCUUUUCGAGGUCCCGACAUUGUGGCUUGCUAUCCGGAAAGGCCAUAUUAUGGUGGUUCGCCGGUUGCUUCAGCUCCCAGAAGUUGAUAUCAACAGCGGAUGUCACUUCUAUCCGGCACCUCUGCCACUCGCUAUCCAAAAGGGUGACCCCGGAAUCGUACGGCUGCUUCUAGCUCAGGGGAAGCGCCUGGAUAUCAGCAAACAUAGCGAAGAGUUGACUGCAUUGUCCCUGGCUGUACGCAAAAGAUCCCUUCCUAUAAUCGACCUGAUCCUCCACGGCUGAGUCGAGUCAUAAUGAGCCGGUGGUGUAAGGUAGGCUGCGGCUCCAUCACCGAUCGUUCGUUUCGGGCAUUCAUUCGUGCUACUGGCAGGUUUGUCGAGACCAGAU